GCCAAGGCCGAUACCUCAAAGACAAGUGUUCAGGGGCCAAGACGCGCCAGUGCUGCAUGCCAGUCCAAGCCUGGAGCAUGCUUUGUGCCGGUCACCACAACAGAGUCAGGGCCUGUGAUGCAUACGGCUGUGGAGCUUUUAACUCCCAAAGAGGUAAUGGCCUUUAUAAAGCAGUGGACCUUGUAUGUGAUGACUAUUCGAUCAUCAACACACCAUUUUCAGGCUCUCUGGCCGGUCCAGUGAGUCGGAAAGACCCAGCUGGUUAUCAGUUUGAUGGAGUCAAACUUCUCAGUGAUGUACACUGCGUGAAGAUCUUCAACAUCCGUCCUUAUCGUUACUCCGGCUCGGUAACUCAAGGAGAGGCCUUGGGCUAUUUACUGCCACUGCAAGAACAGUUCCCUGGCAUCACAUCACACCUGGAGCUGCAAAUGUGUGAUGGUACUGAUCCUUCACCCUUCAUAUAAACCUUUAUUUCCAUGUGUUAUACAACUGAGGCACCGUGCGUCCUUGUCUUUUUUACAUGUGGUGCAUGCCCCUGCAUAUAAAAUCCCUAAUGCUAAAAAGAAUUUAUAUAGACUUAUUUGCUUUCCUAUUUCUUACUAUGAGCAACUUUUACUUGGCUACUCUGACACUUUUUGUAAGUGUUAAUUCUUCUUAUUCUCUAUUAUAGCCAUAAAAAAUGUUGGUCUCUAUUUCUACAAUAACUUAACAAAGAUGCACUGUAUUGUUUUUCCUCACAAUAACAUUUAUUUAAAACACAUUUCUACAAACUUGUGAUGACCAGCGUUACUAUACUUGAUAACUGUCUGUCUCCAUUUCUCAGUUUUUACAACUAUUUAAAUUUUUUGUAAUACUUUAUAUCGAAUACAAACAAAAGGAUGUUUUCUAAAAAGUCACGAGUCAUAUGUUUAACA